AUGGCCGCAUCCACCCUGUCCGUCUGCUCCAGCGACCGGAGCUACGGCAGCUGCGUCUGCCUGCCCGGCUCCUGGGACACCUGCCCCGACUCCUGGCAGGUGGACGACUGCCCAGAGAGCUGCUGCGAGCCCCCCUGCUGUGCCCCCACCUGCUGUGCCCCCUCCUGCUGUGUGCCCACCUUCUGUGACCCCAGCUGCUGUGCCCCCUCCUGCCUGACCCUCAUCUGCACCCCUGCGAGCUGCGGGUCCAGCCCCUGCCAGUCAGCCUGCACCAGCUGCUGCCAGCCCUCCUGCUGCAGCUCCUCCCCCUGCCAGGAAGACUGCUGUGUGUCUCUCUGCUGCAAGCCCGUCUGCUGCACCCCUGUCUGCUGCAAGCCCGUCUGCUGCACCCCUGUCUGCUGUGAGGCCUCUCCCUGCUCAGGCUCUUCAUGCUGCCAGCAGUCUAGCUGCCAGCCCUCCUGCUGCAGCUCCUCCCCCUGCCAGGAAGACUGCUGCCAGCCUGUCUGCUGCACCCCUGUCUGCUGCAAGCCCAUCUGCUGCACCCCUGUCUGCUGCAAGCCCAUCUGCUGCACCCCUGUCUGCUGCAAGCCCGUCUGCUGCACCCCUGUCUGCUGUGAGGCCUCUCCCUGCUCAGGCUCUUCAUGCUGCCAGCAGUCUAGCUGCCAGCCCUCCUGCUGCAGCUCCUCCCCCUGCCAGGAAGACUGCUGCCAGCCUGUCUGCUGCACCCCUCCCGUCUGCUGCACCCCUGUCUGCUGUGAGGCCUCUCCCUGCUCAGGCUCUUCAUGCUGCCAGCAGUCUAGCUGCCAGCCCUCCUGCUGCAGCUCCUCCCCCUGCCAGGAAGACUGCUGCCAGCCUGUCUGCUGCACCCCUGUCUGCUGCAAGCCCAUCUGCUGCACCCCUGUCUGCUGCAAGCCCGUCUGCUGCACCCCGGUCUGCUCCGGGCCCUCCUCCUGCUGCCAGCCCAGCCCCUGCUCCUCGUCCUGCUGCGGACCGUCCUCCUGCAUGUCCCUGCUCUGUCGCCCCGUGUGCAGGCCCGCCUGCUGUGUGCCCGCCUCCUCCUGCUGUGCCCCUGACUCCUCCUGCCAGCCCAGCUGCUGCCGCCGGGCCUCCUGUGUGUCCCUGCUCUGCCGCCCUGUGGGCUCCCGCCAGGCCUGCUGCGUGCCCGCCUCGGCCCAGAAGUCCUGCUGCUGA